CGUUAAUUAUUCACUCCUACUUCUUUUAUUUUUAUUAUUAUUAUAAGGUGAAGAAGAAGAAUAUCUUCUGCUUUAAUUACAAAAAAUCCAAUCUCUCUCUCGCUCUCGCUCUCCAUAUAUAAAACGGGAUUAAAUGAAAGGCGAAGCGAGAAUGCGGACGCUUUCGGCCGCCGGUGGAACCUAAGUCGAAGAUUCUUUUCAUUUUUCUAUUCCUUUUAUAUUAUUACCAAAUGAAUUGCAAUUCCUAAUUUGCCCCUGAAUAUCCUCAAUUUCUUCUCGGCUCUCUCAAUUCCUGUCGGCGCUCCGGUGGCGUUUCGCGGAAGCGAACUUUCUCCUCUGGAUCAGUUUCUAAUCCUUUCUUCUAAAAAUAAUGUACAGUAUAUUAAAAUAAAAUAUAAUUCCUUUAACUCCUCUUCUUUGCAGCUCUUUGCUUCAAUUGAGGAGGUGUCUUUUUUCUUUUCCUCAAAAAAAAAAAAAAAAAACAGAAAAAGAAAAGGAAAAUGUUGUGUAGAAUGGUAUUGUUGCAGCGAAAGAAAAAGACUGGAACGGUACCGGUUUACUUGAAUGUGUAUGAUUUGACUCCGAUUAAUGGCUAUGCUUACUGGCUUGGCCUUGGGAUCUACCAUUCUGGCGUUCAAGUUCAUGGUGUUGAAUAUGGAUUUGGAGCACAUGACCAUUCAAGCACAGGGAUUUUUGAGGUGGAACCAAAACAAUGUCCUGGUUUCACUUUUAGAAAAUCAAUAUUAAUUGGAAGAACUGAUCUGGGUCCUAAAGAAGUUCGUGCAUUCAUGGAGAAGCUAGCUCACGAGUAUUCUGGGAAUAGUUACCAUCUUAUAACCAAGAACUGUAAUCACUUUUGCAAUGAUGUCUGUAUUAAGUUGACUGGGAAAACAAUCCCUCGUUGGGUUAAUCGUCUUGCUCGUUUAGGUUUUCUCUGCAACUGUGUCCUGCCGGCGGAGUUGAAUCAGGCCAAAGUUCGCCAAGUGAGAUCGGAAAAUAGUAGGCAGCUGGGGGAGAAGAAGAAAUUGAGAAGCCGUUCAAGUAGGUUAAUUUCUUCUUCUACUGCUGUGGAAUCCCCAUCAUUGGCAUCUUGCACCUCAGAUUCUGGAAGUAGAAUAAGUAGACAAAGAUGUCCGCUUCCUCCAUCUAUAGUUCUUGAUAGUUCUACCUCAACGUUGAGCUUGAGGCUUUAAAGGGUUCGGGGUUUACUUACUUUUAGGGGUAUAGGAUUUUUUUUUUUUUUUUUUCUGAAAAAGGAAAUUAUAUAAACUAUAGAUUGGGAAAAUUGCAUUUCAUUUCUUAUCUGCCGGAUGGUGUUAUCCGGUUUUUUCUUCAUCUUCUUAUUUUUCUUUUUUUUCCUCUUUUAGCGGGUUGCACGAACAGCUCCAGGAAGUUGACAAGCUGUUGCACCGUUUCUACUACUUGUAAAGAUAACCUUUCCUUUAAUUUUAAUUUUAACGAGUGCGAGUCUUAUUUUAUAAA